UACUUUGAGGCUCUCACUCCCUCGAUCGGCAAUGUCGACCGACAUCUCCUCGAUACGGCGCUAUACAGUGUUGCUAGAGACGGAAACACCCUCCAACUUCGCCGCCGCCUCAUCUCCAAUCACGUGCCUGACCAAGAUCUUUGCCGCUGGCAUGACAAGAGACUCUGCAAUGAUAACUGCUGUGGUAUCCAAGUCUUUAGAGAAGGCUAAGAAAUAUGCUGAAGAAUUUAAGAUAUCAAAUGUAUAUGACAGCUAUGAAGAAUUUGCCAAAGAUCCCAACAUAGAUUUGGUAUACCUUUCAACCAUCAACUGUUACCAUCAUCCUCUUUCCAUUCUCAUGCUUAACAAUGGCAAACCAGUUCUGUGUGAGAAAACCUGUGGUAAUAAUCUGAAAGAGACAGUGGAAAUGCUUGAACUUGCAAAAUCACAGAAAUUAUUUUUUAUGGAGGGUUUGUGGUCUAACUUCUUCCCAGCUUACGCAGCUAUUAGAGAAGAAAUUGAGUCUGGAACCAUAGGAAAGAUACGCUACUUAGAUGUGGCAUUUUUUGUUGACAUAUUUUCAAAGCCACGUAUUUCUCAGUGCUCUUUGGGUGGUGGGGGUAUCUUGGAAAUUGGUGUUUAUACAAUAUGGCUUGCAAACUUCAUAUUCAGAGAGAAACCUGAGACAAUUACUGCUGUUGGAACAAUUGCUGAUACAGGUGUUGACCAGUCUGCCAAUAUUAUUCUGACUUAUAAGGACGGUGCCAGAGCCUCUUUGUCCUACAAUACUGCUAUGACAGGAAGAACAGAUGCAUAUAUUUAUGGAACUAAAGGCAAAAUUUAUGUAUGUCCACCAUUUUGGAGUGCCAACAAAAUUGAGGUGAAUGGAGAAGAAAGAGAAUUUCCGCUCCCCAAAUCCAAUGCUAAAUAUAAUUACCCCAAUAGCUGCGGGUUAUCUUACCAAGCUGAUUGUGUUCGCCGAUGUUUUGAGAAAGGUCAGCUUGAAUGUCCUGCUCACACCCAUUCCGAUACUUUGUCCAUUAUAAAAAUUAUUGAAGAGGCUCGGCGACAACUUCAUGAGAAUCAUAAGGAAACCUAAACUCUCUACAAGGAGGAAAAGAGAGAAGAAGCAGAUUAAUAAUAUUGAUUAAUGUAUAUUUUAUAAAAACAGGCAUCAUUUGACCAUAACAUAUUUCAUGUGUGUAUAUAUAUAUAUAUAUAUAUAUAUAUAUCUCAGACUGUAACAUAUAUACAUGUAUGUAUGUGUAUAUAUGUAUUUCAAAGUAACAAUGGUUUGUAAGUUUUUGCCGUUCAAACAAGCAGAAAUGCUUUACAUGACAGAAGUCAUUGUCAUUUUUCUAAAAUAUAAAUGUUUAAAUCCCUUUCAUUUUAUUGACAUAUAUUCAGAUAUCGGGGGUUUUUUUUGUAUUUUUGCGUUUUAUAAAUAAAAAGUGGUUGAGCAAUUGCAAAAUGUGCCUUGCAAAACACUCGCUCUACCCCAACACUGAAUUUCAUAA